AUGGCUGUCGAUAUUGCCGAAGGGACCGCUGGGAAAUCCGACAAAGCAUCGAAGAAGGCGCGCAAGGAGAGCAAGACUCCCGAGGAGCUGAAGCGGAAGGAGAAGAAGGCGGGGAAGAAAAGGCGAGCGCAAGAGGCAGAGGGUGAAGCGGAGAAAGAGGACAGGAAAAAGGAGAAGAAAAGACGAAAGCUAGAGGAAGGUCUGUCUGUCUGCGAUGGCGGUAGAGAGGAGACGAAAACGAAGAGACGAAAGCAUGAAGAUGUACCGGAGCCAGCAGAGAAAGGAGAUUCUGCCACGGACGCGGUAGCCGUCUCUCAAACGGAGACUAACGUCAAGAAGAGGAAGCAUAAGAAGAAGGUUGCUGAUGAUGAGCUACAAGAAAUGAAUGACGGGUCUAGUAUGGACAAUGACGAAAACGAGCCGAAGAGUUCAAAGAAAUCUAAGACAAAAAGCAAGUCCACCGAGGACGACGUGGAGCCCCCGGCAGAGAAGAAGAAGAAACGCAAGAAGUCCGAUAAGGAAGUUACAAUAGAUGAAGACAAGGCCUCGAAACCAAAGGCGAAGAAGCGCAAGCGGUUGAAGGACAGUCCCAGUUAUCCUGACCCUUCAGAAGACAAGACUCUGACCGAGCAAGCUUGCAAAGCCUUGACCUAUGCAUGGUCCCAGUUUCAUGAAGCAGAGACAUGGAAAUUCAAUAAGGCUCGGCAGAACUGGCUCAUCCGAAAUGUGUGGUCUGAGGAAUCGAUACCAGAUGCAUAUCUUCCUCUGGUAACGAAAUACUUAUCGAAAGUGCAAGGGGGUGUUCGCGAGAACCUGCUGAAGCUUUGUCAAGAGAAGCUGGCAUCCGACCCCGCAGCCGACACACAGCAGCCAACAGCCGAGAAACCUCCACUGAAGUCCAUCCUGAAAACAAGUAAAACGGACGAAAGCGGGCAAACUGCAGCUGUUGAGCAUGUCAACCCUCUGCCAACCAAUAACGAAACUAGGCGUGUCAGAGCGCAGGCGAUCCUACAGGCUCUGAUGCCGCAGAGUUCGGACGCAGAGGAGACUUCAUGAUGGAGUUGCAAAGUGCAGCAUUAGUGGUUCGUACGGGUAUUCUCUCUACAUCCAGAGCUGCGCCAGGAUUGUGUAGGUAGCUGAUUGACCGGCG